AUGAGAGCAAAAGUUUCAAGGAACUUCAAAAGCCCCGACAUGGAUCUAUACGACGGGACCACCGACCCAAAGUAUCAUCUGAGCAAUUUCAAAAUUCCGAUGUACCUAGGCGACGCCUUUGAUGCUACCCGCUGCAAAGCCUUUCCGACAACUCUGACAAAGGCAGCGAUGAAGUGGUUCGAUAGUCUUCCCCCAAGGUCGGUCACCAGCUUCGACGACCUCCCGCAUAAGUUUCUUAUGCAAUUUUUGAUUCAAAAGGAUAAAGUCAAGCACGCGCCUAGCCUCCUGGGAGUAAAACAGGAGGUCGCAGAACCUCUGAGAGACUACAUGGAAAGGUUCAACAAGACGUGCCUAGAAAUUCAAGAUCUGCCUACAGAGGCAGUAAUUAUGGGCCUAGUAAAUAGAAUCCGAGAAGGUCCCUUUUCUCAAUUCAUCUCGAAAAGGCAUCCGACUUCUUUGAGUGAUGUACAAGAACGAGCUAAGAAGUACAUCAACAUUGAGGAAAAUACCAGACUACGAGAACCAAGCUGGCGACUCGGGCACUCUCACCAGACAAAGGAGAAGGAGAGAGAGCCCAAGAAAAAAGAAUAA